AGCUCGUAGGGCUCAACUUAUAACAGUGGUUGUGGUUGCAUCCAUUUGGACGCGAUGGAUGCCUCUUCGAAGGAUACACAAGCACAAAUUUUGCAGAUGACCCAGUUCAUCUUGAACGAGGCCCGGGACAAGGCCGAGGAGAUCGACACCAAGGCCUUGCAGGAAGAGAGCAUCGAGCGGCUAAAGAUUGUGAACUCCAUGAAGGAGAAGAUCCAGCAGGACUACUCUAGGAAGCUGAAGCAGGUUGACACCCAGGCGGCCAUCGCAAGAUCCACCGCCAUCAACCGGUCGAGGCUGGAGAAGAUCAAGAGCCGGCAGGAGAUGCUGGGCCAUUUGUCGGACGACUCCGAGAAGGAGCUGGUCAAGCGCCUCACGGACAAGGGGGCCCAGAAGAAGUUUAUCACCAAGCUCAUUGUGCAGGGCCUCCUCAUGCUCUUAGAGGACAAAGUGGAGGUCCGAUGUCGCAAGUGUGACGAGGCCCUGGUCUCCGAGUGCCUCGGCGAUGCGGCCAAGGAGUACGCCCAGGUGAUCAAGGACAACACCGGGGCCGUGAAGAGCUGCAGCCUGAGCCUGGACAAGAAAACGUCCCUGCCGCCGGCGCCCACCGGCGACCAGCACGGGCCCUCCUGCCUCGGGGGCGUGGUUUUGGCAUGCCAGGAGGGCAGCAUCACCAUCGACAACACCAUCGAUUCCCGGCUGGGCCUUGUCAUGGAGCAGGCGAAGCCCACCAUCCGGAAGUAUCUCUUUCACUGAGGCAGGCGGAGGCGCGCGGUUGCGAGCGGAUGCGAGCGGCUCGCGGCAGCCGUAAGG